AUGACAAAAGAUUUGAUAGGAAAGGUGGGGGAUAAAACAGUUUCUUAUAUCAAUUCAGAGAUAGAACCACAUAUCAAGCUGUCAAUGAGCUUGGCAGCUGACAUUAAUAAUGGAGUAAUUGGAGAAAAACCGAAACUUGUUUAUUUGUAUGAGAAAUACAAGAUUUUUAAAUCGUCUGGAUUGGGAGUUUUCUAUCCUGAUCAAUUGUAUACCUAUACCUUGACUGGUUAUCCACCAAAUACAAUACUGACCUAUUUAGAGAAACUAAACGAGGGAAUAAUCUUUUGGAAUGUUAACGAAACAGAUGGAAGCACAACUAGUGUUUUUAGAAAUGAUUCUUCUACCUAUCAUGUUACAGAACAACCUUACUGGAAUCAGAGUUUACAACUAUUUGAGGAAUUACAAACAAAUGUAAUCAUUGGUGAACCAUAUUUGGUGGUCAACUCUGGAAUGGCAAUUUACUGCUCCACCAAAAUAUAUAACUCUUCACAUUAUCUACAUACUAGACAAAAGCAGCUGAUUGGAAUUGCAAAAUCGAAUCUAAUGUUGAAUUCCAUUCAAGAAUUUUUACAAGAAUUAACCUUAAUUGGAAAUGGAUAUGUUAUACUGGCAGAAUUGAAUGAUUUGGUUAUUGGAGCAUCAAUUAACUCAUCUUCAAGUGAAGGGAGAUCAAGGGUUUCGAUAUUUGAUUUAACUGACAAAGAUGCUGGUCAACUGAUGAAAGAUGUUCGCUCCCAAUAUGGUAAUUUAAAAGAAAUUCCUUCAUUCUUUCAGAUAUAUAGCCUGGGGGUUGGUUAUGAUAUUUCAAAAGUUGAUUACAAGUUUUUGAACGUGCACUGGAUUCUCUACAUGGUUGUCUUCAAGUCAGAUGUCGAAAAAACUACAAAUAUUAAUUCUGGCAUUUCUGUGGGAGUUGCUAUUGUAGUGAUAGUAUUUGGAGUGGUGUGUAGUUUUAUCAUUGGUCAUUUGGUAACAGACCCUCUUCGAUUCUUGGAAAAUCAAUUCUUGAAAAUCAAAACUUUUGACUUGAAGUCAUGUAAUUUCAAUUCUAGCAAAUUCAAAGAAGUGGAUAGUAUUUAUGAACAUUUAUUUGACAUGGUAACUUGGCUGAACGAAUUUAAAUCCUUUCUUCCAGAAAAUGUUUUUAAUCAAUUGAAGAAUUUCGAACAGGUUGAGUGGAAACCUUCCUUAUUCGAAAAGGAUCAACAAUCCAUCAAAGUUUCCUCAGAAAUUGGCACUUCCAAAAUGAUCAAGACCUCCACUUUACGAAACUCUACAACUUCCUCUCAAAAUAGUUCAAAAAUCACCACAGGAAGUUUAUUCAAAUUAGGUUUAAACUAUUCCAGAAUUAGCGUUGUAAACGUAAAAUUAUUUGGCUUCAACGAAGACACAUCAGCCCAUGAUCUUUCGAAUAUCUUUUCCAAAAUUGCUAACGGACUCUCAACUCUUUGCAAAACAAUGCAAGUUUCGGAUUUACACAUUUUUAGCAUGGACGAAUAUCAGCUCACUUUUGUCGAUGGAAAUAAGAAAUGUGAAUCAAGUGCAAUCGAAGCAAGUCUAAAGAUUUGCAAGAUUUUAGAUAAUAUUCAUGGUAAAUCUGAAAGAAAACUUUGUUAUUCGAUAGGAAUUUUUACAGAUAUGGCAUUUGUUGGAAAUGUAGGUAGCAAUUCGCUUCGUUCUUAUUCGAUUGUUGGGCCUAUAGUUCAGAACGCCAGAAAAUUGGCCACCUUUGGGCAAACUCUCGAUUGUAAAAUUUUGGUGGACAGUGGUUCAGUAUCUCCCAUUAUAAUCAAUCAAUACGUGUUGAGGCCAGUUGACCGACUGGAAAUGGAAAUUUUCAAUUCAAAAACGAAACAUUUAAUUUCAGUUCAUGAAAUUUUGAGAGAAAAUUCGAUUAAUCCUGACGAAUGGCUGUACGAAUUGGAACAAUCGAAUUGUAAUUCUCAAUUCAAAAGUUUACAAAAUGCUUUCGUUUCAAUAUUCGAAGUGGAAAGUGAAGAAGCAAACUUUUCAGAGAAAGUUAGAGAAAGUAGACGAAUCUUUCAAAGAUAUAUUGAUGAAAAUCCUUCAGAUACCCUAGUUGCCAAUAGAAUAAUCUAUGUUCUGAACUUUCUUUUAGAUUAUUCGAAAGAUUCGGAUAAUGCACUUUUUGAACUUUGCAAGAAUUAUAGAACUACCCUUCACUAUUCAAUCAACAGUCUUUCCUGUCUUAAUUGUGUUCCAGUCGAAAUCUCAAAUAUAAAUUUUAAAUGCUAA